AUGAAGUACAGUUUCAUUGAGUGGGACUACAACUAGAGGCCUAAAAGUCCAACAAAGUGGCUGGUUUUGGUUGCUAAUUAAUUAGUGCACCAAAUUUUCAAAUCCAAUAUUCCUUUUUCCACUUCAAAGUUCAAAGUAGUGCACAAUUCCAAAACCAUUUGCUACUAUAUAAAUUGAGCUUUUGGGGCAUUUGAUCAAAUAUUGGGCAAAGUACACAACACUUCAUUACACAUCAGAGACAUGGCCAAUUAUUCAAGAUUUCUCUUAUUGUUAUUACCUCUACUUCUUCACAUUCAUAAUGUAAAAAGUGAGCUCCAAUUAAAAUACUACACAAAGAGUUGCCCAAGAGCUGAAGAUAUCAUCAAAGAACAAGUGGCAACCUUGUACCACAAACAUGGGAACACAGCAGUUUCUUGGAUUAGAAAUCUUUUUCAUGAUUGCAUGGUUAAGUCAUGUGAUGCAUCAUUAUAUUUGGACGCAGCAAAUGGGCUAGAAUCAGAAAAAGAAUCUCCAAGGAAUUUUGGGAUGAGGAAUUUUAAGUAUAUUGAGACUAUUAAACAAGCACUUGAAAAAGAAUGUCCAAAUACUGUUUCUUGUGCUGAUAUUGUUGCUCUUUCUGCUAGGGAUGGUCUUCUUUGGUUAGGAGGGCCAAUAAGAAUUGAAAUGAAAACAGGAAGGAAAGACAGCAAGGAAACUUACUUUUCAGAAGUUGAGAAGUACCUUCCUAAUCACAAUGAUUCAAUGUCAUCUGUGCUUUCAAGAUUUCAAUCAAUUGGUAUUGAUACUGAAGGAACUGUUGCUCUACUAGGGGCUCACUCUGUAGGACGAGUUCAUUGUGUGAACUUAGUCCACAGGCUUUACCCAACGGUGGACCCGACUAUCGACCCCGACUACGCAAAGUACCUUAAAGGUCGAUGCCCGUCACCAAACCCUGACCCGGAGGCUGUUUUAUACUCAAGAUUCGAUCGCGAAACUACAAUGAUUUUAGACAAUAUAUACUACAAGAAUAUUUUGAACAAAAAAGGGUUAUUAAUUGUGGAUCAAGAAUUGGUUACUGAUCCAAAUACUUCACCAUUUGUGGUGAAAAUGGCUGCUGAUAAUAAUUAUUUUCAUCAACAAUUUGCUAGGGCUAUGCUUAUUUUGUCUGAAAAUAAUCCACUAAUUGGAGAUCAAGGUGAAAUUAGAAAAGUCUGUCGCUAUGUAAAUAGUGCUUAGUGGAUAUUUAAUUGUUAUGUAAUGUGGUUGUAUUUUUUUUUAUACCGCUUCGUAGGAUCUCCCACGAGAUGCUUACCAUCUGAGCAAUCAGCUCGUGGUUGCAUUUGUUUUGUUUUCUUGUUUUUUGUUUGUGUUGCAUCUUCAAGUGAAAUAAUAAUAAUAAUAUUGUUCAAAUCAA